CUGAAAUUAUUACGCAUCCUAAGAACUUUACAAUAGAUGAAGGACUCCCCAUGACCUUAUUUUGUAACGCGACCGGAAAUCCACCACCAACACUAUCAUGGACCAAAGAUGGAUCUCCUAUAAAUAACAACCAAGGGAUAAUUUUCACAGGAGACAAUGAGACACUGUCUAUAGCGAAUAUUAACAGAUCAGAAAGUGGAAAUUACAGAUGUGUUACCAGGAACAGCCUUGGAGAUGAUACCUCAAAUGCUGCAAAAGUCGACGUACAGUUUGCACCUGAAAUCGUGGAAAAUCCAAAGGAUGCCACCAUUGUUGAGGGAGAAUAUGUUGUGUUUAGUUGCGUGGCAGAUGGAAAUCCUUCACCAAGAGUCACUUGGACGAAGAACGAGGAAAAACUGAACAUCACAACAAAUCCACGACUAACAGCGUCGUCACUGAACAACAAUCACAGUUUGACAAUCACAGAUGUUCAUCGAUCGGAUUCGGGACAAUACAGAUGUGUGAUUAUUAAUGAUGUUGGCAAUCUAACAUCAUCUCCAGGGAAUCUAAAAGUACAAUUUGGGCCUGAAAUCUCCGAACCUCCGAUUAAUGUCACGAAAAUAGAAGGACAAACCGUUGUAUUAAGAUGCUUGGUGGCUGGAUACCCCACACCUACUGUUGCUUGGACAAAGAAUGGAGUCGAAUUGAAUGUAACAGCAAAUUCACAAUUAAGUGUCUCUUCCAGGGACGGAAAUCACACUUUGAAAAUAACAGAUGUUCAACGGUCAGAUGCAGGACAAUACAGAUGUGUCGCUAAUAACAGUUUGCAGACCUCUGACUGCAUGGUUAUUAAAGGACACAGUCCUUCAUUUGAAGCAGGAAGUGUUGGGCCUGAAAUCUCCGAACCUCCAAUUGAUACCACGAAAAUAGAGGGACAAACUGUUGUAUUAAGUUGCUUGGUGGCUGGAUACCCUACGCCUGCUGUUGCUUGGACAAAGAAUGACGUCGAAUUGAAUUCAAUAGCAAAUAUACGAUUGAGUGUCUCUUCCAAGAACGGAAAUCACACUUUGAAAAUAACAGAUGUUCAAAAAUCGGAUGCCGGACAAUACAGAUGUGUCGCUAAUAACAGUUUGCAGACCUCUAAGUCAUCUCCUUCGACUCUUACAGUUCAAUUUGCACCAGAAGUGACAAUUGACGGAGAUCAAAUACAUUAUGUAGCCAACAGCACAGAUUUACAGCUCACAUGCAGGUUUCACGCCUUGCCUCCCGCGUCUGAAGUGCAGUGGCUAAAUAAUGGGAAUGUGAUUGCAUCAACCUUCAGCGUUCCCUCAAAUGGGUCAAGAGCGACUAUUUCACAUCAUAAUGACAGCCAAGCUAAGUUGUUGAUCACCACAGUUUCCUUAGAAGAUGCUGGAAAUUAUACUUGUAAUGUCACAAAUGUUGUUGGUAGUUUCUCGAAUUGGACAUCGAUUAUUGUUCAAGUGACGCCUGCCAUUGAGACGCACCCACAGGCUGAUCUGGUCAAAGAAGGAGAGAACUUGACUCUCUUUUGCAACGCCUCAGGAAGCUCUUUGACAAUAUCAUGGACGAAAAAUGGAUCUGCUAUAAAUUCAGAUGAGGAUGUAUGGAUGCGUUUUUCAACAGACAACGAGCAGCUGGCAAUAACGAACGUGAGCAGAAAAGACAACGGAGCAUACCGGUGUGUGGCGAGCAACAAUGUUGGGAAUGCUACCUCCAAUGCCGCCAUAGUGACUGUUCGAUUUGCUCCUGAAAUCUCCGAAUCUCCACGUGAUACCACGGAAGUGGAAGGACAAACUGCUGUGUUCAAUUGCGUAGUAGCAGGAUACCCUACACCUGAUGCUGCUUGGACAAAGAAUGAAGCGGAAUUGAAUGUGGCUGCAGAUGCGCGACUUAAUACAUCUUUCAAUGAUGGAAACCACCAAUUGACUAUAUCAAAUGUCCAGCAAUUAGAUGCAGGUCAAUACAGAUGUGUGGCUAAUAACAGUUUGGAUACUGUGACUUCAUCUCCAGCGACCCUAACAGUGCAUUUGACGCCUGCUAUAGAGCUGGACCCAAAAGCCAGUCCGGUCAAAGAGGGAGAAAACUUGACUCUAUUUUGCAACGCUUCUGGAAGCUCUUUAAGGAUAUCAUGGGAAAAAAAUGGAUCUGAUAUAAAUCCUGGUGAGGAUUCCAGAAUCUUUUUCUCAAGAGACAACGAACAGCUGACAAUAGUUAAUGUGAGCAGGACAGACAACGGUGCGUACCAGUGUGCGGCGAGCAACGAAGUUGGAGUUGCUUACUCCAAUGCUGCCACAGUGACUGUUCAAUUUGCCCCUGAAAUCUCCCAAUCUCCAAGUGAUGACACGAAAGUGGAAGGACAAACAGCUGUGUUCAAUUGCGUAGUAGCAGGAUACCCUACACCUGAUAUUGCUUGGGAAAAAGAUGGAGUGGGAUUGAAUGUGGCUACACAUGCGCGACUUAAUGCGUCUUUCAUUGAUGGAAACUACCAAUUGACUUUAUCAAAUGUUCAACAAUCGGAUGCAGGACAAUACAGAUUUUCUGACCUCAGAGACAAAUACUGCUGUUUUGACAGUACCAGAGUCGUACUGCUGUUCAAAGAUCACAAAGCAGCCGACACUGUAAGAAGGCAACUAGGGGAUUCGAGCAACAAAAUUGGAAAAACUAUACAGCCGGUGUUCACAAGUAGAAAAAAUAAAGACGAUGUUGAGACGCGCGCGGAAAGGCCUCCGCUAAUCGACCAGCAAAGCAUUGGGUCUUUAUUCAAACGUGGCUUGUGCGAUGCAAGCUAUGUCGGCUAUACUCGCCGGUACCUAUUUCAACGUGUUUCUGAACAUCAGAGCUCGGCCGGAAUUGGAAACCACGUCAAGAAAGACCACAAUUUGGAACCAAUGAACCUCAAAAGAGAAAUGCAGGAGUCAACGUGA